AUGGCGGAGGAGAUUGAUGGACUUCAUAAUGAUAUCGAAAAACUCAAAUCAAUUGUGAGAAAAUCUUUUGCGCGUAUCUACGCUUCAUUAAAAGCUAGGGAGCUCAAAACUUUACGUCAGCUGGAAGCUAUACAUAAACAAUGCCAAGACAACGAGGAAUUAAGAAGAAAUUGUGUUCAAAACAUCCAGAUAUCUUAUGAUAAUGAAGACGCACUACUAGAAAAUAUAAGCAAUUACGGUACAGUAGAAUUUGAGAAGUUAAAUUUUGAUAGCAGCACUUUUAUACUUGAAGAUUAUGUUAGUCCUUACGAUGAUCACAUGUACAUGUAUAAAACCAUUGAAGACGUUACUAACGGAGAAGAUGUGAAAGAACUCGAAAUAAUAGAAGAGGCAGCCUUGAAAGAAAUAACCAAAACAGAAGACUGUGUAUGUUAUGUUAAUAUAAGACCAGAGGAUGUAUCAAAGAAAUUUCGUAAUGUAGAACCCGAGAUAGUUAAAGGUAGUAAUAGUGAUGAGAAUGAUCUCAGCGGUAGUCUUACAACUAUAGAAAACGAUACACAAGAUUCAACAAGUGAGAGUUCUGACCAGGAGGUAAAAAAAAUUGAACCCACAGAUGACUGGCUAAAUACAAUAAAAAAUCAAACAGAGACUGAACCCCUGCAAGUUACAGACGUCAUGGAACACAGCACUAUAACUUGUUCUUAG